UUCUUUUUCUCCAGGUUUUUACCAACCAGUUUUUUUUUUUUCAACCCUCGAGAUCUUUCUUUGCACGAACAAACCUCGAAAAACUCAUUCUUUAUCUUGACCCAUCUGAAAAAGUUUCUCUUUUUUUGUCGGAAUACCAUAGAGUUUCAUUAUUUUCGUUUUAGGGUUCUUUUUUUGUAAUAAAUAAUUGGAAGCAGAGGAGCUAUGCUCAAGUUCUCAGAUGAAAUUCUCGCUUUUGAUCAUCAGUUCUUGUUUCUCUUUCUGAUUUACGCUGGAUUUGCAAGGGAAACACUCUGACUUUGUCAGGACUCUUCUGUGAAAUUCUGCAAGUUUAUGACUUUUCUAGUGCUUUUUAACUGUUUGUGAGUUUGAAGAAAACAAAUUUCAAUUGAGUUGCUUUGGAAUCCGUUGACAUAAUAGGAAUUUAGAAACUUCUCGUUUAGAUGAGGAUCGAUUACACAGAACGGAUGCCUCAAUCCUAUAAGAUGCACUCUUCCAUGUGCUUAGAAUUGAAGAGGCUAGUUGAUAGAAUCAUGAGAAUCUUUCCUGAUAUAGAAGAUGCUCGACCUGGAUGCUCUUCCGGGAUACAGACUCUUUGUUUACUCCACAAUGCUUUGGAUAAAACUAAGCAGCUUCUUCAAUAUUGCAGUGAAUCCAGUAAACUCUACAUGGCAGUAACAGGAGAUGCUAUACUCGCAAGAGGUUCUAGAGCUAAAAAAUCAUUAGAGCAAUGCUUAAACGACAUUAGAAGUAUAGUACCAACUAUUUUGGAGAUCAAGAUAUCUCAGAUAGUCCAAGACCUUAGAUCAACACAGUUGACUCUAGAAUUCUCGGAAGAAGAAGCUGGGAAAGCUAUUAGAGAAUUGAUGCAAAAGAGCACGUCUUCCUCUGCUUCUCCGGAUGAGAUAAAAGAUUUUCAUUAUGCUGCGUUAAAACUCCAACUUUCAACACCUGAAGCUAUUGUGACAGAGAGAAGAUCCUUAAAAAUCAUUUGUGAAGAUCACAAACAGAACUCCUUCACGCAUCAUCAGUCCAUCGAUGAUUCUCUGCAUGCUAAUGCUGCAGAAGCUGAGGCUUCUGAGGAACACAAUGGUACACUUCCUGAGAAAUUUAAGUGCACGCUUUCUCGUACCGUGAUGUAUGAUCCAGUCAUCAUCUCCUCAGGCAACACCUUUGAGAGGAUGCAGAUUCAGAAAUGGUUCGAUGAAGGUAAUGAUUCUUGUCCUAUAUCUAAAAGGAAACUGGAUGACUUCACAUUGAAGCCUAAUGUAGAGCUUAAGAGUCAGAUAUCAGAAUGGUGCGCGAAGAACGGUCUUGAUGUUCAAGAUCCAGCGAGGAAGCACGUAAAGGCUUCCAACAGUAUCGACUUCUCUGUUUCCAUCGCUAGUUUCGGAAGUUCUCUGUACAACAUCCCUGAUCACAGCGGCAUUUCGAUUACGGAUUUCAACUCGAGCUAUUCCAUUGAUUCGUCAUCCUACUCUAAGAUGUCAAAGGGUGGUUACUUCACUCCAAUGCAGAGGAUAGAUUCUGCUUCAGGCGCUGGUGACACAGAUUCUAGUCACAGCGAGAUUGAGAUAGAUCCCUUGUGUGGACUCACAAACCUUCCAUGGGAUGCGCAGAUCAAAGUCGUCGAAGAUGUAAGAAGUCGUUUUGAGCACAGUACUCGUGCUUUUCGGUCUAUGUCACCGAGUAAAUUUCUUGAGCCACUUAUCACAUAUUUGAAGAAUGCUCUCGAAAGAAAUGGCACCGCUGGAGAGAUAAUAAAGGGUGGAUUGGAUUUGUUGCUGGCUUUCCUUAGUGGAAAUAGGAGAGCUAUAGAAUCUUUGGAAGAAGAGGUUUUCAAAAUGUUCUCAGUCUUUCUUGAGUCUGAGGUAGUAGCUGAAGAAGCUCUAAACAUACUUGAGGUUCUGUCAAACCAUCCGCACGGUCCGUCCAAGAUAACUUCAUCAGGAUCUCUUUCUUCCCUUUUGAAGAUCGUAGAGUCCCAAGCAGAACAUCUCCAAGAACAGGCUAUGAUCACACUCAAGAAUCUUUCAUCAAGCAUGGAGAUUUGUCUGGAAAUGGUAUCUCUCGAUUUCAUCCAGAAGCUCACAUCUUUCUUGCAACAAAAAGUUUUCUGCAAACACUCGAUUAUCAUUCUGAAAAACCUCUGCAGCACCGAGAAAGGUCGGGGUUGUAUCACCGAAACCCCGGAUUGUUUAGCUUCCAUAGCUGAAUUACUCGAGUCAAAUGUUCCCGAGGAGCAAGAGAACGCAAUCUCCAUCCUCCUUCAGCUCUGUGUGCAGAAGAUAGAGUAUUGCUGUCUUGUCGUGAGAGAAGCAACUGAUAUUUACUCAUCUCUAAUCUUGAUAUCCAACAAUGGAACAGAGGAAGUAAAGGUGAGUGCAUCAGAAUUACUUAGAGCUCUUGUAGAAGUAGAUUCCGACAAAGAAGAAGAAGAAGAAGUUUCCUCCAGACCAGAAGGAAGAACAACUGCUUCGCCUACUUCACAGGUUGUUACUCCAGUUACUCAUCCGGAACCUGUUAAAAUAACACCAUCUCCCAAGAAAUCUGGUCUUUUUGGAUUCAAUUUCUCCAGUCUCAAGAAGAAGAAAAAAUAG